CAUCUGUGACAGGCGUGACUUCGAUUUUGGUAAUAAUUAUGGCAUGUGAAUCCAGCGUGGAGCGUGGAGAUGUCUCACAUGCCACUGGCUUUGUUUGGGUAUUUACAUUCCCUCAUAAAUUCUCCUGCAUUUUAAUUGGGCAGUCGCUGUGACAGCAGUUUUGAAUGCAGAUGCGAGUUCUCGUUUCACUCAUUUAAACGCACAUCUCCUUCAUUGGUUAGAUUUGAUGAGGGUGGGGUCUCACUUAAGAGUCUUUUGACGUCGCGCUCGUUGGGUUUUAAUAGGGACGCGGUCUGUGCUGGAGCAGAAAAAAAGUGCUCAGAGAAAAUGUUUAAGGGGAAAAAAAUGAAAUAAAGUGCUGAUGAGUUUAGAAAUGUUUUGAUGGUGAUGUUAAGCUUUUCUUCGUGCUUCAAAUGGAGCAUUUAUUCAAGUUGAACGUCAGCCAAACCUUACGAACGGUGGCUCCAUCAGUUAAGGGUCUCUUACUUUUCAACACAAGUAUGUCAAGAGGACCCGCGCCCUGGCGCGCCCUGGUGCGUCCAUGCUGCUGGACCUGGGAGCGCGCGAACUAGUAUGAAGCGCUAUGGCUUGGUGUGACCGUGGGGUUCAAACGCUGCUGGCCACGGCGGGGGCUUUCGCCGCCUUCAGUCUGAUGACCAUCGCCGUUGGCACGGACUACUGGUUAUAUUCACGGGCGUACAUCUGUAAUGGCACCAACGCCACCACAGACGAAAGCCAGACUCAGAUUAAAACUAAAAAAGGGGACCUCACCCACUCUGGACUGUGGAGAAUCUGUUGUAUUGAAGGGAUCAAUCAAGGCAGCUGUUACAGGAUCAACCACUUUCCUGAUGACAACGACUAUGACACAGAUAGCUCUGAGUAUCUGUUGCGUAUAGUUCGGGCCUCAAGUGUGUUCCCCAUCCUGAGCACAACUCUACUGAUGCUCGGUGGGUUGUGUGUUGGUGUAGGCCGACUUUACAACAAGACAAACAAUGUACUCCUUUGUGCAGGCAUACUUUUUGUAGCUGCAGGUCUAAGUAACAUCAUCGGGAUCAUUGUCUACAUCUCAAGCAAUGCUGGGGACCCUAGUGACAAAAGAGAUGAUGACAAGAAGUACACUUACUCUUAUGGUUGGUCUUUCUACUUUGGCGCCCUGUCUUUUAUUGUGGCUGAAACAGUCGCCGUACUUGUCAUCAACAUCUACAUUGAGAAGAACAAGGAGGUCCGCUGGAAGGCGCGGCGCGAGUUCAUCCGCUCACUCUCCUCCUCUUCACCAUACUCAAGAAUACCUAGCUUUCGCUACCGCCGGCGGACGUCCCGUGCAAGCUCGCACUCCACUGAGGCCUCUCGGGAGAACUCCCCUGUUGCUGGUAUGAAGGGGGCCCCGUCUUCCAGUGGGCACUUGGAUGAGCUGUCCAUGUAUGCUUUGGCAAGGGACAGUGUGACUGAAAACACUUACAGCCCAGAACAUGAGGGCAGCUCUGAAUUCCUGCAGGUCCAUAACUGUUUCCCAAACGAUCUAAAGGACGGAGUAAAUCGUAGGACAACGCCUGUGUGAGCUGGAAAAUUAAAGGCUCAAGGUUGGACUGAACAGUGCAUAAUCAGUAGUCUAGUGUCCUGGAGCAGCCCGUGAUGUGAGAGAGAGUCUUUUCAUUUUUUGAAAGAACCAAAAGGAAACAAGGAGUGAUAAAGACAAAAUACAAGCCAUUAACAAAAACAGGAGCAAAUGACUUGUUAUCAGAACUCAUUGAAGCAGAAGAGAGUUACCAAGGUCUGUGCUGUAGCCAGUUCAAAACUAGUUUUAAUUUUGAGCUGUUCAGAUAUGAGCAGUCUGUUAAUCCCAUUUAAUGUUUCGCAUAAUUAUUCCUACCCUUUGUGGCUAAACUUGAGAGUGAAACCUUGAGCUUAGCAAUGCUUACAAUUCAAACAACAUGGUGCUAAAUGAAACAUACUCUUGAAUGUUCCAUUUGUAUGUGACGUUAUCUCUAAUUUCUCAUUGUACCCCAUGUUAUGCUCUAAAUACAGCCUUGACAGAGAGCCAAUGUUUUUACAGUAUUAUAUCCUUGCUAAACUGUGAUGUAUUGAAUGUUUAGUAUUUAGGCAGAUUUUUUCUCUGUAUUGUUUCACUGUAAUCACUGACCUCUCUGAAGUUUGUCAGUGAAAGGGGCAUAAUUUUAAAAAGUGCUAAGUGGUUGCAACUGUGUAAGACACUGGUAUUGUUCCCCCACCAUCUCAGAUGGAUGCCUAUUAAGAAAGACAAAAAGAUCAUAGGGGAGCUUCAGCUUGAAAAACACACAUACCUACACACAGUACAUGUGAGGACUUCUUUUGGCUCUGAACAGAGCCUUGGCAUCGAGUGUUUAACAGAUUAUUAUCAGAGCCAACCAGAGAAUUCAUGUCUGUCUCUCAAAGUGUGUGCGUUCAACUGGCCGGCUAGCCUCUCCCUCAUCAAACAGAGGCCUCACACUGAAGCAGAGGGAGUUGUGUGGAACUGCGUCUCCCAAGGAUUUGUCCUCACUUACGAGAUAUGUGCUGUCCUGCAGGUUCCUGACUGCUCUGUCUGUUAGUUUUCUCAGGAAAUGCAGCAAAGACAUGGCGGGUUGAAUGCUUUAAGUCCUGCAUCUUUAUGGUUGUGAUAUGAAACUGGAUCGGUGGCGGAGAUGAACUUUGAGACAAAUAACUGAAGAAAAGCAAAAAUGCCAUUAAAUUCUUUAGUAAAUACUGUGAGUGUUGUCUGAGUACGCGGGCUCAGUUGACCAGUUCUUUGCUUUGUGGAGACACUCCCUACUAUCAAGCUGAGCACAUGUAAAAAAAAAAAAAAAAAAGCCAUGAAAGUACAUCUUUCACUUUUAUAUUUAAGUCUGAAAAAGUAAUGUUUGCAAUGUAAAGUUGUAAAUAAAAUAUUAAUUAAAAAAACAUGCCAAUGUGAAAAUUCAAAGCAUUAUUUGAUGUUAAGAUUGUCUCAAUAAUUAAACUUGACAAGUAUGACAAUGAACAAGCAUUUUUAUAUUCUGCUAAAACUAGUAUUUUCUGUUAUGAGUCAGUGAUUCUUAUAUGUAUUUUGUUUUGUAAGGUAAAGUACAGUGAGUAUGUUAAGGAGAAGAAACUAUAUUGUCCAUUCCAUGUAUGACUGGCAGCUGUAUCUAACUAUGUGUGCUGACACCGAUUUAUGGCUUAUUAUAUAAUAAAGCACUUUGUUCCUUGUCAUCAAUUAGCAUUUAAAUCUGGAGGAUUAGAAAGGAAGGUAAAAAAAAAAAAACAUAGCAGAGCUCACACAUGUGCUCCCUGUUUUAACUGAAGAGUUCAUUUGUUCACUUUGUGUUUAGCACCAAUCUAAUCUUUAAUGUAAAGGUAAAUCAGUGCCUUUUUAUGAUCUACUGUUUUUCCCAUUUUCAGUGUUCUUAGGAAACAAAAGAAAAUAUUUUUCACUAAUGUAUAACCCCUACAUACUGUACUUGGAUAAAUAAAC